UUGGUUAGGAGAGCCCCAGGGCGUCCAAUCACCGGAGGGCUCCUCGGCUCAGAAUGAUGCUUCAACCAAUGGCAGGCAAGAGUGGGGGAGAGUUUGUUUUUGCGUCGUUUCUCCUCAAUAUUUUUUUUUUUUUAAAAAAAUAUCUGAAGGAGAGAGAGGAGACUGGCGUAGCUGAAUGAAUGAAUCCACUGAAAUGUUAGGCUGGAUAUUAUUUGCUACUUUAUGAAACUGGAAAACAGAUUAUUCUCCAUGUGUCCUGUGACCCGGAUGGCUUGUGUGGUGACAUCUGACCUGGAAGAGACACGACACAGUUUGAUGCCUGUUUACCUGGGAAGAAACAAGACUGCCAGAGCCGUGCUGCAGAUAUCCUGCUGACAAUACCAGAAGAUAUUUGUUCAGAAGACAAACCUGGAUUAUCCUUGUAAAGAGAAGAUUCACUGAUGGAGCCUGUCCAUAUUAAAGAGGAGAGUCCUGUAUUAGAAUCAGUCCAUAUUAAAGAGGAAAGUCCUGUACUAGAAUCAGUCCAUAUUAAAGAGGAGAGUCCUGUACUAGAAUCAGUCCAUAUUAAAGAGGAGAGUCCUGUACUAGAAUCAGUCCAUAUUAAAGGGGAGAGUCCUGUACUAGAAUCCAUCUAUAUUAAUGAGGAACUUCCUAAAGUAGAACCUGUCCAUAUUAAAGAGGAAAGUCCUGUACUAGAAUCAGUCCAUAUUGAAGAGGAGAGUCCUGUACGAGAAUCAGUCCAUAUUAAAGAGGAAAGUCCUGUACUAGAAUCAGUCCGUAUUAAAGAGGAGAGUCCUGUACUAGAAUCCAUCUAUAUUAAAGAGGAGAGUCCUGUACUAGAAUCCAUCUAUAUUAAAGAUGAACUUCCUAAAGUAGAACCUGUCCAUGUUAAAGAGGAGGGUAACCAUUUUAAAACAAGAGGCUUGCAGGGCUCUCUGUCCUGUACAGAAUGUGGGAAGAGUUUCAGUCGGUUACAAAACCUGAAACUGCACCAGCAAAUCCACAUUGGAAAGAAACGACAUGUCUGUGCUGACUGUGGGAAGAGUUUCAGUCAGUCAAGCAACUUGAAAAAACACCAGAGAAUUCACACUGGAGAGAAACCAAAUGUCUGUGCUGACUGUGGGAAGAGUUUCGGGAGAUUAGGAUCUCUUAAAGACCACCAGAGAAUUCACACUGGAGAGAAACCAAAUGUCUGUACUGACUGUGGGAAGAGUUUCAGUCAGUCAAGCAACUUAAAAAUGCACCAGCGAAUCCACACAGGAGUGAAACCACAUGUCUGUGCUGACUGUGGGAAGAGUUUCAGGAGAUUAGGAGAGCUUAAACACCACCAGCGAAUUCACACUGGAGAGAAACCAAAUGUAUGUGCUGAGUGUGGGAAGAGUUUCAGUCAGUCAAGCAAUUUGAAAAUACAUCAGCGAAUUCACACUGGUGAGAAACCAAAUGUAUGUGCUGGCUGUGGGAAGAGUUUCAGGACAUUAGGACAUCUUAAAGACCACCAGCGAAUUCACACUGGAGAGAAACCAAAUGUCUGUGGUGACUGUGGGAAGAGUUUCAGACAGUCAAGCAACUUGAAAAUGCACCAGCGAAUUCACACAGGAGAGAAACCAUAUGUCUGUGCUGACUGUGGGAAGAGUUUCAGUAAGUCAAGCCAUUUGAAAAUACACCAGCGAAUCCACACUGGAGAUAAGGCAUAUCCGUGUAUUAAAUGUGGGGAAGGUUUCAAUCACUUAUCAAAUCUUAAAAAACACCAGUUAAUUCACACAGGAGAGAAGCCACUGUAAUGACUGGGAAGUGUUUCAGCCGGAUAGACAAAUUGAAACUUCACCAGCGAAUUCACAGUGGAGAGAAACCAAAUAUCUGCUGACUAGUGCUGCAUGAAACGAUUAUUAAUGCAAUUGAUUAAUCUAUGGACUGUUGCUUUGAUUAAUCGAUGUCUUGUUAUUCAUCCGACUAAUCACUCAAUAGCUAGCAAGUUGAACCAUUUUAAACAGAUUUUUAUGUACCCAGUACAGUAUAUGUCUCGAGAUGAUUGCACAUGCUUUGCUUCUCUAUUUCAGCAACACAAAAUACUCUACAAUAUCUAAAGUAUGUAAAAUAUAGUAAAGUAUUAAAUAAAGUAGCCUUCUGAAAGCAACUGCCAAGGUCAAAUGAUGGCAGCUAAAUGACGCAUUGAGACCAUUAAACAAAUUAUCUUUAUAACUUUACAAGCAGAAACUAUUUAUUUUUAAGUUGACCACAUAAGACAAAAAACAACUACUGUAUAUAUGUUAAUUAUUGCUUUUUCUAACAACAACAAUAUAUGUUAAUUAUUGCUUUUUCUAACAACAAUGGGAUGACAUGAAAAAAAAGUAAUUUUCUUGUAAAGCAAAAAUGACCUAACUUCUCUGUACAGUAUUGCAUUUCGCAGCAGGAUGUACUUUAAUCCUUUGCAGUCAAUUUAUUAAGGGCACGUCAGGUCCAAUUUAUUUUCACACGCGCAGUUAAUUUUAGACGCGCUGUUUAAAAGUAUUUUUUUUCCCGCAGUCAAACGGGUUUAAAUGGCCCUGCAUAUCAACAAAGCACUCACUAGGCAUCUCCAGCCCCACCCCACCCUUUUGUUUGCUAUAGCUUUCACAUAUGCAAAGAAAUAAAUAAUAAUAAUAAUAAUAAUAAUAAUAGUCAUACAUACCGAUCAAUCAUCUCCUGAUCACUCGUUUUUAUCACCAAACGCCUCAAUAAUGCGAUCCAAGUCAUUAUGUUAUUACUGUAAUAUCUGAAAAAAGCUCUGCAAAUGUCCGGGAUAUUCUCUGAGCGCUGAUGCAGUCACAGCCAGCUUGUUUCUUUAUGGACUCCAUUAUCAGAUGCCAGGAGCAAGUAUGACUAAUCAUGAGAUUUUUUUUUUUUUUCCGGCUUGUCUCGGCCAUUGAAUGGUUUUCUCUGCUUUUCCGGAGAAAAAAACGACUAAAAACCCGUUUUUUUGCGUCUUUUUGAUGAUGUCGGACUGGGUCCGACAUUGGACCUGAUAGGAAUAAUUGCAAUGUUGGACCAGGUCCGACAUAGGACGGCAAAGGGUUAAACAAAUAACCUGUUUUGUUCUGUUUUGUUUUCAAAUAUUAAUAGCCCUUUUAAAUAAUAAUUUUUUGAGGAAAUUAAAGAUAUUCAUUAUAUUUGGUCUCUUCAGGUGUCACUUUGCAAUACAAAGUUGCAUUUUUCGUAGUCCGCAGUACUUGAGUGCAAGAACACCAGCAUGUCAACAUGUUCUGGGUUUAGGCUUGUCCCCUUCCUUGAGUCUAUAGAGCCUGCUACUGAAAACAAACGCUCGAGGACAAAGACCCCCCUGUAGUCCUAAAUGAGUCACGUAGCGACUUUUUUUCGCUAUUCAUAGUGAACAGAGUAAAAACAAAAAAAUAUUUUUUGCGUUUUUUUAUUGGUAUUUAACCACUUCAACUCCAGAUGUAAAAAUGAAACCCCUUCCCAGGUACAAGGUUUUGAAAAUAAUAAUAAUGUUUUCAAACCUGUAAUUGUAUAAAAUGUUAACACACGAUGAAUAAAACACAAAUAAAUGACUUAAACUGUGUUUUUCAUUAACCCUUUAUGCCGCUGUUUACUACAUACCCAUAUUCAAUAUAUAGAUAAAAACAUCAUUCUCUUUUAAAAUGUCCCAUUUGAACUAGGUUUAAUACAUAGCCUGUUGUCUUUCCUGCUAAUAUCUGUUUAACUUCCUAACAUAAUAAACUGCAUUUGAAUGAAAAUAAGAAGCUGUUUUAAUCAGUAAGAAGGGUUUCUAUUAGUAUGAUUAGUAAGCUGUGUGUUAAUUGUGUUCAGAUGAACUUCAAGAUUGAGAGAAAUAAUCUGAGUAAACCCUGUCUUUGUGACACUGAAUUCAUUUCAUAAUGUGUCUAAAGAGACUAGAAGACUCUGACAGUGUAUUUUGUGUAGGACACCAAUUUCAAAACAUUGCCUCAUAUUUCUUUUUAGUUCUAGUGUAACAUUGUGCUUGAGUUUUUAAAUGUUGUAUGUAACUUCCAGUUACACAUAAACCCAGAAUAUGAAAGAGAAGGAGUUGCUGCAGUAUCAAUGGAAAGCAUCUGAACAAUAGCGUUCAUUGUAGAAUGUAAUGUGCGUGUUUGGAACUAAU